AUGGACACAGCUGCGAUGGUGACUCUUCUGGCUCUGGUUGUGGCGAUGGCCGGCGUCAGUCAGGCUCUUCACAUCCAAGGCCCGGAGCAAAGUGACAUCCUGCCAGACUCAGAGGAGAACAUGGCCGACCACCUGCUGGGGCUGGAAAGUGAAGACACGGAUGACAGCAUUGAUGACCGUCUGCUGACCGCAGUGCUGAGAGCUCUGCUGCUCGGAUCUCAAAGAGAAAUCAGGAACUCUGUCCUCCAUCAGCCACAGAGGUUUGGCCGCGGCUCCAGAGGGCAGGUUGUGUCGGAGGAUCAGAUACACUCCCGUGACUGGGAGGCUGCCCCCGGUCAGAUCUGGAGUAUGGCUGUGCCGCAGAGAUUCGGGAAGAAAUAAUUCACGCUUCAAUGUCCUGGCAUGAGGCCAAGCAGCGGGUAGCUGUGGAGAAUUUGAAUGAAUAAAUCUAAAUAAUAUUUACUUUAUUUUUCCAAAGUUGUCCCAUUCCAUUUGGUUUUGUUUGACACGUUUAGUUAAAGAUGACAUGAGCUUCAUUUGACUGUUUUUCUUUCUGAUUUCAAGAAAAGCAUGUUGAUGGGCAGACUUCAUUUAUCCUGACUAGA